AUGAGACCAUCAAGUGCCUCUGGAUGCUAAUCAAGGGAAUAAGAGAAAACUAAUAAAGAGCAAAACAAGUCAUCCAAUCCUUAUAAAUUACCAAUAGGAAUUAAAUCUAAUAAGCCAAGUGGUUCUACAUAGAAAAUGGAUUGGGAAAAGUUGUAUGAAGAGAGUCAUCAAUUAAAGUUGAUAGUGAACUAAUUAAGAGACGAGAAUAUAAAAUUAAAGACUAAAAAUGUUAAUUUAGAAAAAGAUUUAGUCAAGUGCACAAAUAUCAUUGAGGAAAUGGAAUAGACAGGAAAUAUGAAAAGAUUCUAUUAAACUCCAACAUAAGAUAAUUAAAUGAUAUUAAACUUGAAAAAUCAAGUCAAAUAAUUAAAUGAACAACUAAAUGAUUCAAAAUAAGAAUUAUAAAAUAUGAAGAAGACUUCCAAAUACACCAAACUUACAGAAUUAGAAAUUGAAUGUAAAUCAUUUUAAGAUGAAACCAUACGGCUCUCUCAAAUUAUAGAAUAGUUAAUAACUGAUAAUAUUUAUUAAAAAUAAUUUGAAAAUGAACAAAACAAAUUGAAAGAAAUGUUAAUGCAGAGAGAAUAACUCAUUAAAUAAAUGCAAUAGGAAUUAGAAUACUAUAUGGAAGAGAAUAAAGCACUAUCAGAGAAACUCCAACAAAUGGUUUAAGCAUAUCAAGAACUCGAUAAAAUCUAUAAUAAAUAUUAGAAUGAGGCGAAAAACAAACUCAAAAUAAAAGAUAAAUAAAUCUCUGAUCUUAAAAAUGACAUUGACAGAAUUUCAUUAAAUACAAAAUAAACAAAAUAAAUUACCAUCAAGAAACCAAAUCCAUAAAAAUUCAUGGAUAAAUCACUUAAUAGCACUACCAAAAGAGACUAAUCAUUUAAAAUCAACAAUAAUACUAAUAACACCAGCAAUAACAAUAAUAUUUUAAGCUCAAGUGUCAAUCGAUCUGUAAUGGACUUGAUCGAUGAGCCUGUUAAAAUAUAAGACCUUUCAGAAAUAAGGUUGGAAUUACGACUAAGAUUAAGCUCAGCAUAAAUACCUGCUAUGAAAUUAGAUCGUCAUCUAUUUAAUUAAACUGCAAAUUCUAUCGAUUUCAGUUCCCUUCAUGAUAGAUUAACGAAAUAACCAUUUCUCUUAGAUAAACCAGAUGCUAUGUUAUUUGCCAGAUAUCUAGUCGAAAAACACAAUCAACAAUAUCCCUAUAAUGUCAAUAUCAAUUUAACUCAAUAGAAUGAAAUUGUCAAAUCAGAAUUUAUGAAUAUCAUAGGUUUUUGGCCUAUUUAUGACAAAGUUGAAUCAAAAAUUUUAGAAAUCUGUAUCUCAAAAUUGUUUAUUAACAUCUUAUCAUUGUUGGAAUAGAAACUAAAUGGUUAGAGCUUCAAAUAUAUUGAUUUAUUCUCUUUGCUGGAUUCAAUUGCAAAACUACAAAAAUAAUAGAGUCUUCAAUAAGUUGAAUAUUAAUAUCUUCUCUUAAAAGUAAUUAAAGAUUGCCAAAACAUUAGAAAAUUGAAUGGUUCUUUGAUACUUAAAUAUUUAAAGGAACUUUGUGAUUCCAACGAAUAGGAGGAUGAAAAUGCUCUUGAAGAAUUAUUAAAUUAUUAUAAGGGAUAAUAAAAACGAAAUUGCUUCUUCUUUAAACAACUCCGAUUAAAAUAAGAAUAAAUCUUGUAUCUAUUUGAAGUGGAUCAAAAGGUCUAUGAUCCUUAAAUAGAGUAAGGAAUCGAUAAAUCAUCUUAAACUUAUUUAAUGAAACAUGGGUUAAUCAGAAGUUAUUCUGAACCUAACUUUUAUGAAUUGUAAUUACUUUAAGUAGAUGAAGAUGAAGAAGAUGGAGAAUAAUUGUAUUAGGAAGUUUUUCAUAACUAAAUGAAGGGAAAAUAAUCACAUGAAGAUGAUGAUGAAGAAAAAUAUUAUGUUGAAGACAACGAUAUUAAUGAUGAUGAUUAUUAAUUAGAUCAAAAUUCGAAUGAUUAGAAUGAGGAUUAUUCAGAAAGUGAACCUAAAUACUAAAUCAAAAAUAGAUCCAAUAAAUCGGAUAAUUAUGAAGAAGAUGAAUUUGAAAAUGAAUUAGAAAAUUGA